AUGUCAUUCGCUGAGAAGCUAUUGAGGUCGAGGCUAAAUGAGGACAACGAGGAGAAAGCUUCAAAGGUUUAUAGCAGCAAGUUGGAGGAUAGUACAGUGAUGCUUGAUAACCCAUUGAAAGCUUCAAAGCCAGCAGCGAAACCAGCGAAACCAACGAAAUCAAAGCGUCGGAGGCAGCAACUUCAGUACUCAGUAAAGAAAUGUGCAAUGUCAUAUGAAACCGCUGUAAAGAUGAAUAAGCUGUGGAAUGAGUACAUAAAAGAUAUCAUUGCGGGUGAUAUAAACUCAAUUCAGAGUAAAAUGCUCAAAGCUGAUCUGUGUGGAUGCCGGCUAAUCGUUCACAGCUCAAACAACGCAAGCUUAGUCGGCAAAGAAGGAAUUUGUAUUCUCGAGACAGAGAACUCAUUUGCUAUAAUAACCCCAGAUUCGACACAUAAGUCUAUCCCCAAGAAUGGCUGUGUGUUUGCGAUACAGAGCGAUAUGUUCACGCUUCAUCUACACGCCAACAACUUCAAGUUCAGAAACGUCGAUCGUUUAAAUAAAAAGUUUAAGCAUAAAUUAAUCGUUUGA